AUGAGCCCCUUCGCCCGACCCCGCGUUCAAGAACUGGAAACCGAAACCGGACUCAGCGAAAGAGAGUUAUUGAACUUUAUCGACGGUUUAAACGAAGCAUUCAUGGCAAACCCCGCGCUCCAAGCAACGAGCCAAGUCGGUAUGGUCGUUGGAUUUGUACCGCUAGCUACAACGCAGAUUAUAGGUAGCUGCCUGGAAGCUGCUGCUGGGUUGGGGAGUGCCGGAGUCUCUAUUGUUCGGACGAAGCAGUAUCUGAAGAAGGUUAAUCAUAUUACUUUCGGCCCAAGGGGGCUUUGUGCUAGAGUUGUGAAGACGGAGAAGAUGCUUUCGCUUAUCGGGGUCGGAGGAGCAUUCUCCUCGGAUCAGUAUAGUGCUCUUGUUGGGAGGCAAUCUUCCGAUGGGGCUGAUGUGAGCGCAAUGUCUGAUCCAAGGACUGAUAAUCCUGAUCAGAUGUUGACACAGAUGCAAAGUCCUCUCGAGAAACGAAUGGCGUUACUGGGUGAUCGCGUCAUGAGACUCUCAUUCGAUAACGUGGCUUCGCCGGCUGAAGGGGACAACUGGAUGAAGAAAUGGGGUGCUUACUCUGUGCAGAAAGCAGAGCAAAAGCAACUCAAACAGCUCAAAGAGAAAGAGACAAAGCAGAGUCGCAAAUCCGAGAAGGUUUCAAGAAAGGCUGGACGGAAAGGGCGGAAGACUGAUAAUGAGAUUGCCGAUAUCACGGACGAGAUCGAUGAUCUUCAAUAUCAGAUGCAGACCUUGGAUUUGAGUCAGCGGAAAGAUAUAAAGACUGGGCGCGAGUUACGGAGAGAUUUGAGGAGGCUGGAAAGAAAGCUCGCGGAGCUGGAGGAGGAUAGAGAAUAUGAUCUUUCUCGCAAGAGUAGCAAGGGUCAUAAAAAGGAGACUAGGAGGAACGAAAAGGAAACAAAGAAGAUUAACAAGCUCUACUGGAUUGUUAUCUUGACUGCGGAUCAGAAUCCUCCUGGUGAGGAACAUGACUUGGAGUCGGAGGAAGAGGAGCAGGCUGUUAUACAUAAAACCUCGAGAUCGUAG